AUGACGUAUAUUGCGGAUCAAGUUGAACAACCUCACUUCGUCGAACUUGACGGAAUCAUCGCCGAGUUAAAUCUCAAGCGUCUGCUCUGGAACUGUCUAUCUGAAUGGGAGGUGAUUUCUAAGGGUUGGGAUGAAGCCGAAUUCUCAACUCUCGACCCAGAAAAAAUCACAAACACCACCAUGAAAUAUCUCAAAUCAAUCGCCCAGUUAGAGAGAGGUUUAGUACCCAAUAACGUUGUUCCUAUUCUUCGUCAAAACGUCGAUGAAGUGCGAUUAAUCCUUCCAACUUUGAACGAUUUGAGAAAUCCCGCUCUAAAAGACAGGCAUUGGACUUUGCUGGAAGAUAUCAUCGGUUUCAAGAUGUCUGAGCUAGAAGCUCCUCUAACUCUUGGGAAGUUAAAGGAGUUGAAAGCGUUUAGCAAAGUUGCAGAAAUUCAAGAAAUUGCGGCUAUGGCAAGCUCUGAGGCGAGUCUGGAAGCGCUACUUAAAAAGGUUGAAAAUGCAUGGAAAUCAACAGAAUUUAUUGUUAUUCCUUAUAAAGCCUUCAAAGACGUCUAUGUAUUGGGAGGAACAGACGAGAUUCAACAACUAUGGGACGAUUCAAACAUCAAUAUUUCAACAAUUGCGUCUUCUAGGCAUGUAGGACCCAUUAAACCACAAGUUGACGAAUGGGUUGCAAAAUUAGCCCUAUUUGGAGAGACCUUGGAACAAUGGUUAAUCUGUCAGAAAGGUUGGAUUUAUCUUGAGAGUAUCUUCUCAGCACCUGAUAUUCAACGUCAACUUCCAACCGAGGCGAAAAGCUUCGCAGCUCUAGACAAGUCGUUUAAAGAAGUAAUGCGAAAUGUACAGAAGGUACCACUCGCCAUCCGAGCCGCAACUACACCUGGAAUACUCAAUACCUUCAGAAAUAAUAACAUUCUAUUGGAACAAAUCCAGAGAUGUCUAGAAGCCUAUCUAGAAUCGAAGAGAGUAAUAUUCUCGCGUUUCUACUUCUUGUCAAAUGACGAACUAUUGGAGAUUCUGGCUCAAACAAGAAAUCCCUUCGCUGUGCAACCACAUUUGAGAAAGUGUUUUGAUGCUAUUGUCAAAUUAGAAUUUGCAAAGAAUCCAGAAUAUGAUGAAAAAUCUUCCGAACCCAAAUUUUCCAAUGACAUAUUAGCUAUGAUUUCUCCUGAGGGUGAAAGUGUUUCUCUUACAAGGGGUUUGAAAGCUCGAGGUAAUGUAGAGGAGUGGUUAGGCAAGGUGGAAGAAGCUAUGGUGGUUAGUCUUCGUCGGAGUAUGAAGCAGGCUCUACUUGAUUUUGAUAAAAUGUCACGUGCUGAUUGGCUAGUCGCACAUCCCAAUCAGAUCACGCUAACUGUCGAACAGUUAGUAUGGGCACGAAAAGUUCAUGAAAUCCUCGACAACCAGGAUUUGGAUUCGAAAAUUCGACUUGACGCUUUGAAGGAAUAUGAGAGGGAAUUGUUUGAAAAUCUAAAUGAACUUGCCAAAUUGGUUCGUGGCAACCUGGCCAAAUUGGUCCGAAUGAUGCUCUGUUCUCUUAUUACAAUCGAUGUUCAUUCGCGUGAUAUUGUCACUAGUCUGAUUGGGGCAAAUGUAACCUCAUCAGAAAACUUUGAUUGGCAGAAGCAACUACGCUACUACUGGGAUAAUGAAAUUGACAAUUGUGUUGUACGAAUGUCAAUGUCGCAAUAUGUUUACGGCUAUGAGUACCUCGGAGCAUCACCCCGGCUUGUCAUUACUCCUCUUACUGACAGGUGUUAUCUCUGUCUGAUGGGUGCUCUUCAACUUAACCUUGGAGGAGCUCCAGCAGGUCCAGCAGGCACAGGAAAGACGGAAUCCACGAAGGAUCUAGCAAAGAGUCUAGCAAAACAGUGCGUAGUUUUCAAUUGUUCCGAUGGUCUGGACUAUAAAAUGAUGGGCAGGUUCUUUGCCGGCUUGGCUCAGUCUGGUGCAUGGUGUUGCUUCGAUGAAUUCAAUCGUAUUGACAUUGAAGUUCUCUCUGUCAUUGCUCAACAGUUAAUCACAAUCAAAGAUGCCAAAAUAGCUAAAAUCAAUCGAUUUGUAUUCGAGGGACGGGAAAUUAAACUAAAUUCAUCUUGUGCUGCUUUCAUUACCAUGAAUCCCGGAUACGCAGGAAGAACAGAACUUCCUGACAAUUUAAAAGCACUUUUCAGGCCUAUUUCCAUGAUGGUUCCAGACUACAAGCUAAUUGCUGAAGUCAUUCUCUACUCAGAAGGUUUUGAAUCAUCAAAAGAUCUAGCUCAAAAGAUGACUCAAAUGUACAAACUUUGCAGUGAACAGCUCUCCAAGCAGGAUCAUUAUGAUUUUGGUAUGAGAGCUCUGAAAUCUGUUCUGGUUAUGGCUGGUUCAUUAAAACGCGAGAAUGCGGACAAACCGGAGGAUGCGGUGCUUAUUCGCGCUCUAAGGGAUAGCAAUUUGCCUAAAUUCUUGUCACAAGAUGCCGUCCUCUUUACAGCUAUCCUUCAGGAUCUCUUUCCUGGGGUUGAUGUACCAGAAUAUGAUUAUGGUCAGUUCCAGAGGGUGAUCGAACAGGUCACUGUCGACUUUGGCCUGCAAGUGGUUCCAGUUCAAACUUCUAAAGUUAUCCAGUUCUAUGAGACACUUGAAGUCAGACAUGGUGUUAUGUUAGUUGGUCCAACAGGUGGUGGCAAGACAACUGUCUACAGAAUCCUGGCAAAGACUCUUGAAACGCUUUCUCACAUGCCGGAAUUGGCUGAAACUAACCCGAGUUACCAGCCAGUAAAGACCUAUGUACUUAAUCCGAAAUCUAUUACAAUGGGGGAGAUAUAUGGUGAGGUUAAUGAGAAGACAAUGGAAUGGCAUGAUGGUCUGAUGGGGUCAAUAGUUCGGCAGACGUGCAACGAUGCAACCUCUGAUCAUCAAUGGAUCAUUUGUGAUGGUCCUGUCGACGCCCUUUGGAUUGAAAACAUGAAUACGGUUCUAGAUGACAACAAGAUGCUUUGUCUAGCCAAUUCAGAACGAAUCAAACUCACGCCCUACGUCCACAUGCUUUUCGAAGUUGCCGAUUUAGCUGUUGCGUCUCCGGCAACAGUCUCUCGAUGCGGAAUGGUAUAUGUUGAUUCCGAUGAACUUGGUUGGCUCCCGUAUGUGAAGACUUGGUUGAACACACUUAAAAGCAAGUUGAAUGAUGCGAUUAGGGAAUACUUGUUGAAACUCUUCGAAAAAUACGUUGAUCCAGCGCUUGAAAGGAUCUUAAAGAUGCCAACAGUCAUUCCGCAGGUUCCAAUAGCAAGGGUCAAGACCAUGUGUACUCUCAUUGAAGUGGCUUUAACCUGUCCCGGAUCUCUAGAUCUGAGUCAAGGUGAAAUUCAGAAACAUCAGCCAAUAAUUGCCAUGGUAUUUGCCUUCUCUCUUCUAUGGGGUCUAGCAGGAAAUAUCGUAGGAUCUAAGGCCAAUGAAGUAGAUACCCACAUCAGGAAUGUCAUGGAUGAAUGUGGAGAGGCUAGACUUCCUCCCAGCCAGGAUCUGUGGUCGUAUUUCGUCGAUUGCAAGUUACGAAAAUGGGAACUUUGGGAGCGUCAAAUGCCAUUAUUCCGUUACAACAAGAGUGAACCGUUCUUUAAUUGCUUGGUUCCUACUGUUGAUACUGUUCGUUAUGGAAAACUGAUGGAACAACUCCUGACUGCCUCCCAGUCAGUCCUUUUUACUGGAGACACUGGCGUCGGAAAGACUGCAAUAGCUCGGAGCACUCUCGAACGUCUUCAAAACACUAACAACACCCUCCCGAUAUUCAUCAACUUCUCCGCUCAAACAAGCAGUCAACGAACACAAGAAAUGAUUGAAGAUAAAUUAGGAAAACGCAAGAAGGGACUUAUUGGUCCACCUAAGGGUCAGAGAGCAGUGCUCUUUGUGGAUGAUCUCAAUAUGCCAAGAGUUGACACUUUUGGUAGUCAGCCGCCAAUUGAACUUUUGCGUCAGUUCCAGGAUUUCGGUGGUUUCUAUGACAGGGAUAAGUUGACGUGGAUUGAAGUGGAAGAUGUAACCCUGGCAGCUGCUUGUGGCCCACCUGGCGGUGGAAGAAAUCCCACAACAGCGAGACUUAUUCGACACUUCUCCGUCUUGGCUAUUCCUUCGCCAUCUGAUAUGACACUGAAGCAUAUAUUUGGUGCUAUUUUAAAUGGUUUCAUGUCGGACUUUCCCCAAGCUAUUAAGCUCCUGAGCGAAUCACUCGUCGGUGGAGCAGUUGAAAUGUACGGUCGACUUGCAACCGAAUUGCUACCCACUCCAGCCAAGUCGCACUACGUAUUCAAUCUCCGAGAUCUUUCGAAAACCAUUCAGGGGGUGUUGCAGACAAGCCCACCGGCUAUCAGAGAUAGAAUGGCUUUUAAUCGUCUCUUCUACCACGAAUGUUCUAGAGUCUUUCAUGAUCGACUGGUGGAUGACAAUGAUAGACUCUUUUUCAAUACAAUUUUGUCGGAGAUUGCUAGUAAAUACCUCGGCGAAACACUUGAACCGGAAGUCCUUUCCAAGAAUCCGUUAUUCUUUGGAGAUUUCAUGUCUUUUGGAGCAAAGAGAGACGAGAGGGUCUAUGAAGAAAUUGCAGAUAUGAAUAAACUCAAAAAUAUCAUGGAAGAAUACCUUGAUGACUACAACAUUGUGAACUCAAAGGACACCUCAAUGGUAUUCUUCACGGACGCAGUUCAGCAUAUCUGUCGAAUUGCAAGAAUCCUCCGUCAGGAUCGUGGAAAUGCUCUGCUUGUGGGUGUUGGUGGUACUGGCAAGAGAACGUUAACACAACUUGCAGCUCAUAUCAACGGUUGUCAGUGUUUCUCAAUUGAACUCUGCCGUGGUUACAAUUAUGAGAGUUUUCACGAAGACCUUCAAAAGCUCUAUUUUUGGGCAGGGGUGGAAGAUAAGCCGACAGUUUUCCUCUUCUCUGAUAAUCAAAUCUUAAUGGAGGAAUUUGUUGAAGAUCUCAAUAACAUUCUCAAUUCUGGUGAAGUUCCAGGUCUAUUUAACUCGGAGAUGUUUGAGAAACUCAUCAUCGGAACACGUCCGGCAGCCAAGAAAGCAGGAAUCCCCGAAGGUGAUCGCGACGCAAUUUAUCGAUUUUGUAUCGAACGUGUGAGAAACAAUCUCCACUUGGUUAUCACCAUGUCCCCAAUGGGUUCAGCAUUUAGAAAUCGAUUGAGAAUGUUCCCUUCGUUGGUGAACUGCUGUACGAUCGAUUGGUUUACGGAAUGGCCUGAAGAUGCUCUAUUAGGUGUUGCGAAGUCGAAAUUCUCUUCAAUGAAUAUCGAUUCAACUGAGCUCAAAGAUAAGAUGGCUGAAAUAUGCACUUUCACUCACUUGACGGUUUCCUCGGCUUCAAUUCGCUUCUACGAAGAAUUGAAGCGUUAUUUCUACACAACACCCACGAGUUACCUUGAGCUCUUAUCUACUUAUAGAGUUAUGCUUGAUGAUCGACGAAGUAAUCUGAAAGCAACUCAAGAUAAGUUUAAGAGCGGCUUGAACAAGAUCUUGGAGACAAAUGAAACCGUCGGCCGUAUGGAAGAGGAGCUUAAGGCACUUCGACCUAAACUAGAACAGAAACAAAAGGAUACAGAGAAUUUGAUGAAUAAACUAAGUGAAGACCAGGGAAAGGCCGAUGUCGUUCGUCAUCAUGUUAAGGAUGACGAGGCCGAAGCUAAAAGAAAGGCCAUAGAGACUCAAGCGAUUGCUGAUGACGCACAACGGGAUUUGGACGCAGCUCUGCCAGUACUGGAAGCAGCAAAUAAAGCCCUUGACUCCCUUGACAAAAAUGACAUUGCCGAAGUGCGUGUUUUCACUAAACCUCCUCAACUUGUUCAAACAGUUAUGGAAGCAGUCUGCCUUAUGUUGGGACAAAAAACUGACUGGGCUACCGCCAAGACAGUCUUGGGUGAUAGUAACUUCCUGAAGAAAUUAGUGGAAUAUCCGAAGGAUGAUAUCUCCGACUCGCUUCUGAAGCGACUACAAAAAUAUGUAGAAAAUCCAGAUUUUGAACCCUCUGUGAUUGAGAAAGUGAGCAAGGCGUGCAAGUCCUUGUGCAUGUGGGUGCGUGCGCUGGAAAUGUAUGCAACUGGUUACCGCACCGUGGAGCCCAAGAGAAAGAGACUUGAAGCAGCUAACAAAGAGCUGGAUAUAAUGGUAACCAACCUCCGAAGUAAACAAGCCGCACUAAAAGACAUUGAAGACAAAAUAGCAGCACUACAAGCUACUUACGAUAAAUCAGUAGCUGAAAAGAAAGCUCUGGAACAUAACCUUGCCCUCACUGCAGCUCGACUCAAACGAGCUGGCAAGUUGACAACGGCGUUGUCGAGUGAACAGGAACACUGGCGCGAUUCUAUCGAAAAAUGCGAAGUUCAGUUGGGAAACGUUGUUGGAGAUGUCUUCAUUUCUGCAGCAUGUGUUGCUUAUUAUGGAGCUUUCACUAUAGAGUUCCGAGAUUCUCUUCUCACCACAUGGAUUGACAAGUGUCAUGAACUUAGUAUUCCAAUCAGUGAAAACGUCCGACUCUUCAGUGUCCUUGGUGAUGCCUUCGAACUGCGACAGUGGAAUUCUGAAGGCCUUCCUAGAGAUCAAGUCAGCACGGAUAAUGGGAUAAUAGCAACAAGAACUAGAAGAUGGCCUCUAAUGAUUGAUCCCCAAGAACAAGCCAAUCGAUGGAUUAGAAGUAUGGAGGAAAAAAAUAGUAUUAAAGUUGUGAAAUCUUCGGAUACUUCGAUGCUCCGUAUUUUGGAAUCGUGUAUUCGAGCUGGUUGUCCGAUGUUAUUAGAAGAUGUCGGUGAAUCAUUAGAUCCAGCUCUUGAACCCAUACUGAUGCGACAAACUUUCAUGAAAAGUGGGAGAUUGCUUAUUCGUUUGGGAGACAACGAUAUUGAUUACGACAACAACUUUAGGUUUUAUAUGACCACUAAAUUACCAAAUCCGCAUUAUGUACCCGAGAUCAUUAUCAAGGUCACUUUAAUUAAUUUCACGGUGACACCGCAAGGACUUGAAGAUCAGCUAUUGAGCGCAGUAACGGGACUCGAAAGGCCUGAGUUGGAAGAACAACGAGUGCAGCUCAUUGUUCAUAUAAAUCAGGACAAAAUUUCAAUGCAGCAAAUCGAGGAUAAGAUUCUCAAGCUGUUAUAUGAGUCGGAGGGAAAUAUUUUGGAUAAGGAAACCCUAAUCAACACUCUGGAUGAUUCGAAGAAAACAUCGAAUGAAAUCGCGAAAAGGCUGUCGGAAGCAGAAACGACGGAAGCUAGAAUAUCGAAAGCUCGAUCGCAUUUCUUGCCAAUAGCCUCCAGAGGCUCUGUGCUAUACUUUGUGAUUAUACUUCUUGCAGAUAUUGAUCCUAUGUAUCAAUUUUCACUUAAGUAUUUCUUAUCACUAUUUACUCAAACCAUCGAGAAGACUCCAGUGAUCAGAGAGGAAACCCGAACUCAAGAUCUUCUUGAUGCCAUAACGUUGGCCACUUAUAAUAACGUUGCUCGGGGUUUGUUCGCCCGAGAUAAGCUUGUCUUUUCUUACAUGUUGUGUGCUCGAAUUCUCCUUCAUGAGAAGAAGAUCAAUCAAGCAGAAUGGGAUUAUUUGAUAUCCACAGCUACCCAGUCUGAUCGUCUCGUCUUACCUCAACCUGAAUCUACUAUUUCAUGGCUGAGUCCUCGCCAAUGGAAAUCGAGCUGUGACCUAGCUGACGCACUUCCAGAUCUAUUCAGUUCACUUCCAACUGAUAUUUCUAGCGGAAAGUCAAUCUCUGUUAGCCUUUACAAUACUGAUAGCUCACAAAGGGAUGGAGUAACUGUUGUACUAUCUCCGCCCAACGUCUUUGGUGAAAAUAGCAGUUGGAAUGAUCGACUCAACUUAUUCCAAAAGACAAUUCUUAUAAGAGCUAUACGUGAUGAGGAUUUUGUUUCUGCGGUGACACAGUUUGUGAAGAUUCAACUAGGGAAGGAAUUUGUGGAAUCACCGGCUAUUGAUCUACCUCUUCUUUACGCAGAUAUGGAUGCUGUAACGCCACUGGUUUUCGUUCUUUCACCGGGAUCCGAUCCAAUGUCCCAAUUUCAGAGGUUUGCUAGACAAAUGGACUAUGGAGAGAGAAUCAACUCAGUGUCCUUAGGACAAGGUCAAGGGCCAACUGCUGAGAGAUUAAUAGAGCAAGCUGCAGAGAGUGGAGAUUGGGUCUUCCUUCAGAAUUGUCAUCUAGCCGCAUCCUGGAUGGUUCGAAUGGAAGAGAUUAUAAAAGAACUUUCGGAGUCAAAAAGAAAAACUCACAAAGACUUCCGUAUCUUCCUCAGUUCCAUGCCUGCUAAGUCGUUUCCCAUUACUGUCCUUCAGAACUCUGUUAAGGUCACAAAUGAACCUCCAAAGGGAAUUCGAGCAAAUCUUCGUAGAGCCCUUACUGACAUUUCAAAGGAAUUCUUCGAGGACAACGUUCUAGGAUUGAAUUGGCGUCGAGUCGUAUACGGUAUGUGUCUAUUUCAUGCCGUAAUUUUGGAGAGAAAGAAAUUUGGUCCUCUGGGCUGGAAUAUACCCUACGAAUUUAACGAUUCGGACAGAGAGUGCGCCAUCAUGAACCUGGACCUCUUCUCUGACGAAGACGGUUUCGCAUGGGAUGCUCUCAAAUACAUAACUGCUGAGAUCACUUACGGUGGACGUGUCACCGACUCUUGGGAUCAACGAUGUCUGAGUGUGAUUCUUUCGAGGUUCUUUGGUGAAAGAACACUGGCGGAUGACUACCAGUUCUGCGUUAAUUCUAACCUCUACCAGCCACCACCUCUAGAGCAUUUGUCAGAAUACCUUGAUUACAUCGAUGAAUUGCCCUUAUUGGAUCCUACUGACAUUUUCAACAUGCAUCCAAAUGCCAAUUUAAUAUAUCUGGCAAGUUUUAAAUGA